UGUGUAUUGUGUCUAUUGGGUCGUUUGGGUUUACGAAACAUGCUGUCGCUUCAGAGCAUGACUGCGAGACAACGCGAGUUGUACGACAACGUCAAGAAUGCGAGUGGAACGGAGGAACUGACCAGAGCGCAAAUUGGCGAUGUGGAAGCACAAGCGAUCGCUGAAGCACUCAAAGUGAAUACCACGAUGACCAAGCUCUAUUUGGAUGAGAAUCAGAUUGGACCGAUUGGAGCACAUGCGAUUGCCGAGGCACUCAAAGUCAACAAGACGAUGAUUCUGCUCGAUAUGAGCUCCAAUCACCUUGGCAAUGCUGGAGCGGAGGCGAUUGCAGAAGGGCUCAAACUGAACACGCAGCUCACGGAGUUUCGGUUGCAUGAGAAUGAAAUUGGCGAUGCAGGAGCACAAGCGAUUGCUCAUGCACUCGGCGUCAACGUGACGUUGAGUUCGCUCUAUUUGCAGCAUAAUCAAAUUGGUGCUGCUGGUGCGCAGGCGAUUGGCGACGCGCUCAAAGUCAACAAGACAGUGAUUAAGCUCAAUCUGAAUGACAAUCCGCUUGGUGAUGCCGGAGCGCGUGCGAUUGCUGAGGGACUCAAAGUGAACUCGACGCUGCCUUGUCUCUUACUGAGCGCGAAUCAGAUUGGCGCCGCAGGAGCGCAGGCGAUUGCCGAGGCACUCAAAGUCAACACGGGACUGAUUCAGCUCUUAUUGAGUGCGAAUCAGCUUGGCACUGCUGGAGCGCAGGCGAUGGGUGAGGCGCUCAAAGUGAACACGACGCUGACUGAGCUAUUUUUGGGCAACAGUCAGCUUGGCGAUGCUGGAGCACAGGGAAUCGCUGAGGCACUCAAGGUGAACACGACACUGACUACACUUCAGCUGGAAACGAAUCAGAUUGGCAAUACUGGAGCGACGGCGCUUGCUGAAGGACUCAAAGUGAGCACGACGCUGGACGUGCUCAAUCUGUGGGAAAAUCAGAUUGGCGACGAUGGAGCCCAGGCGUUUGCUGAGGCACUCAAAGUAAACACGACGCUGGCUGGGCUCAUCUUGGACAGGAACGAAAUACGCGAUGUAGGAGCGCAGGCACUUUUUGAGGCACUCCAUGUGAACACGAAGCUGAAGAGUCUCUUUCUAUCAAAUAACUUUAUGGGCGAUGCUGUUGUUCAAGCGUUUGAUCAGGCUUGGCUAGGCAGCUUUAUGAAAUACGUUUCCGUCCGCAACCAGAUAAGCCCUCGUGUGCUCUCCUUACGUCCACCAUUAGCAAUCGCUGCAGACCGGGAGGCUGUGCUUCACUUGCUGAUCAGCGGCCCAGAGCGGGAGGAUCAAUUGGCGUCUCUACCAGUCCUACCAACCGAGAUUGCCGACCACAUUCUGGACGAGGCGCAUUACUGGCAAGGCAUUCAGCACACGAAACGAGAGCUGUUUGACUACGAUGAUCUCAAAGUCACACUGCCUCGAAGCGCCGAUGGACGCGCGAUCCGUGUGAAGUCAAUUCGGGUGCUUCGGGACAGGGGCGAUCGCAGUCCGUUCACAGACGACGAUGCUUUUGAUGUGGUUGUUCGGGAUGAGCACGGCGUUGUUCGAUGCGAGUUUGCUGCGAAUUCGACGUUCGUCGAUUCGACUCUCGAAUCCUUGACGCUCUGCCCAGCGAGUACUCCGAUCAUCCGAGAACUGCGCGAGGGCUGGGAAGUUCGAGUUUCUCCCAGCACGCAAUGGCAAGAUGUGCAAUUCGAGUAUCUUUAUGUCGGAUAUAUCGAGCGGCCGAUGUUUGAAUAGAAAUUUGGUGUGUCGGCUUUUUUUGUUUUUUUUUUGUUUGUUUGUUUGUUUGUGCCCUUCUCUCGUAAUUUACCAAAUCUGAUUGACUUGACCAA